AUGUCUGCUAAUAGUCCUCAUACAGAAAAGGAAUUAGAUUUAAGUAAUGCAGGACGAGGUGUAUGGCUUGUUAAAGUUCCAAAAUACAUUGCCAAUAAAUGGGAAAAGGCACCCGGAAACAUAGAAGUUGGAAAAUUAAAAAUAACUAAAAAUCCUGGUCAAAAAGCAGAAGUAUCUCUCAGGCUAUCAGAAGCUGUUUUAGCUUUAAAAGAACCAGGGGAAGAAGAUAUUCCGAAACAGCAUAGACUUGAUGUUACCACAGUAACUCGACAAAUGUUAGGAGUCUUUUCGCAUGUUACACCAUCAGUUACAUCUGAUAGUAUUGUUCCUGAAAGCGAAAAACUGUAUAUGGAAGGAAGAAUAGUGCAAAAAUUAGAGUGUCGCCCAUAUGCGGAUAAUUGCUAUAUGAAAUUAAAAUUAGAAAGCAUAAAAAAAGCAUCUGUGCCACAAAGACAAGUUCAACAAUUAGAUAGGGUAGUGCACAAUUUCAAACCUGUAUCUGAUCACAAACAUAAUAUUCAGUAUGCUGAAAAGAAGAAAGCAGAAGGAAAGAAAAUGAGAGAUAAUAAAGAUGCAGUCUUAGAUAUGCUCUUUGCAGCAUUUGAAAAACAUCAGUAUUAUAACAUCAGAGAUCUUGUAAAAAUUACAAGACAACCAAUUGUAUAUUUAAAAGAAAUUCUUAAUGAAGUAUGUAACUACAACUUGAAAAAUCCACACCGAAAUAUGUGGGAAUUAAAACCAGAAUAUCGACAUUAUAAAGAAGAAGAAGAGAAAUCUGCAGAAAAUGAUUCUAAAAAAACUAAUGAAUCCGAUGAUGAUUAAGAUAGUAUCUGUGUAUAUAAAUAACCUUAUUUUUAAAAGACUAUAUUGCUAGGACUCUAAAUAUAAAAAAAAUAUUUAUUUUUCUAAAUAAAUAAAAACAUUAUUCAAGACUGAUAAA